AACGGUCAUUUUAUCGACUCACUUUCUUUUGUCAUUCCAUCCACACUCUUCUCUCCCUCCAAAAGAUAAACAAAAAAGGGAAGAAAAAAAAAGUUUCAUUUAGAGCUCUAGACUUCACUGUAGUCAAGGAAAUGGAUGGUCUUGAUAAGGACGUUUCCUCAUCAUCGGCUCCAAUUAAGCCUCCUUCAAUCUCCAGAGGCACAGAUGAAAAUGAGGAAAGCUAUGGAGAAAUGGGGCUAAGUGUACAAAGCUCAAAGAAACCAACAACAAAGCACUAUAUGUCACCAACAAUAUCUGGAGCUUCAAAAAUCAAUCCCCCAAGAAAGAAAAUCUUGGCGGAAAGGAAUGAGACUCUAGACAACUCUUUCCAGAAAAUCUCAACAAAUCUUGAUUCAAAAGCCACCCAAAUGCCCACAAGUCUAGAUUCAAAAACCACUUCUAGUACUGAGUUUGAUGAAAAAGAGCAAAAGGCUCUUGUUGAUGAUUUAUCAUCAAGGCCUUAUGAUCCCUUAACCAAUUGCCUCUCUCCAAGGCCUAAAUUUCUCCGCUAUAAGCCCAACAGGCGCCAGGAGUUAUUUCUUAAAAGAGAAAAUCAGGCGAAACAAGGCAAUGGCGAUGGGUUAACAACUGUUGAAAAUGAUUGUUUGGAGACCGAGAAAGGCAUUAAUGGUGAAGGUAUUUUGGCUAGUUCUUGUGGUUCCUUGGCAACUGGGUCUAACGAUGCUAAUGUGAAGCAAGAAAAUGAAGAGAUGGAUGAAAGUGAAGAUGAAUUUGAGGAGGAAUAUGAGGAAAGAGGAUGGGGUUUUAGAGGAAUACUUAAAGUUUUGGUCUUGUUGACUGUUCUGGUGUUUUCUACUUCAUAUAUUUCCUCUAUGAACUCUCCCACACCUCCACCUGUUGUACAAGCUGUUGGGAGUUUCAAGGAUGGAUAUCACAUGAUACAAGAUCAUGUAUAUGAAUUUGUGAAGAGUCUUGAGAUUGGAAAAUUCUUGGUUGACAGAGAAGGAACGCAAAUGAGUUCUGUUGAUUCAGAUCGAAUUGAGGAAGAAGAGAUGAUUGAAGAUGUAAAUUUUGGAGAGACAGAAGACAGUGAUGGAUUGAAUGAAGUAGUAGAGAUGGUUGAAUAUGAACAGGAAGGAGCAGUAGAUGAGUUUAGUGAAGGAGGAGAAAGUGAGGCUAUGGAGAUUGUUGAGUAUGGAGAGAAGGAAGUAGUUGACAAGAUUUUCAAGGUACAAGCAGGAGAAAUUGCAGAUGCUAGUGACCUUGAAGUGGCAAUUUCUGAUCAGUUGGCUGCAAAUUCUGGGUUGCAGGGACUGGAAGCUCUUGAAGUGAUUCAGAUGCCCCUAACGAAUGAAUCAAGCGUUCCAAAUACUUCUGAGAAGGAAAAUGAGAUGGUGGGUGAGCCAAUCAAAGAAGAAACCUUUAACGGGGAAAUGGGUGGAAUUGGAAAUGUCACUGAUGAUGCCCAUGAAAUUUUGAUUACGAAGGAGGGGCUUAUCAAACACAUGGAAAUGGAAUCAAUUCUGAAAGCUGUCGUUGGAUUUUCUAUCUUUUCUUCAAUUGCAGCGUCCCUGGCAUUGGCUCUUCACUUUAGAAAGAAUAGAAAUGCAAGAAAGGACGCUCAUCCUGUUGUUGAACCUUGUCUCGACUCUGUGAUAGCAGAAAAAUGCUGCUCACUCCUUGCUAAUGAGGAAGAUAAGGAUGAGCACACUCAACAUCCUGUUUCAUUUGCCAACUCCAGGUCCGUGACGAAUUCAUUGGAAGAAGAUUCCAAACAAAGAUAUGAAAUCCGAUCCCCAACAAUUGAGUUGCUUGGUGAGCUAGUGGUGGGGGAGAUGAGCAGCUCUCUUAGGAGCUGUGGCAUGAAAAGCAGAAUGAUAGAGAGUGAAGUGAGCAGCUAUUCCGUUUCCAUGGAGAAGAAGGAGACAGGCAGCAGGGCUAAUUCAGUUCCUGUUCGUAUGCAUCCAGCUUUAUCACAUAUCUCAAACAUUAAUUCGCCUUCAUAUACUGAUGAGAAGAAAAUUAUAAAGAAAGAGGAAGCAAUAACUCCUCUGAGGCGAUCAAGCAGGAUCCGCAAUCGGGCAAUUGCAUCUCCAUGAUUAUUCUACUGAACUUGCUUCUUAUGAAACAGCUUUUCUCUGUUGUUUCAUUUUGCAGCCUUCUCCUUCUCUUGUACUCUCAAGAGUCUUAGAAUAUUGAUUUCUGACGUUUCCUAAACUGUAGACUUAAAUAUUCUGUUAAUGCUAUGUAGGAACUCAUUCUAGUAAGAAUUCAACUAAUUGAUUUACUUCAUCUUGAUAUCUAAUCCUAUUCUUUCUCCUUUUUAAUAUUGUCUGUAAUUGCUUUCUUGAUAAUGCUUCCCAAUAAUGAAGGUGGAUUCCAUUUGCUAG